CUUCUUUAUAUCUUUCUUUAUCGGUUGAUUGUCUUCGGUAUUGAAAUUUAAUGCUUAUACGUCAGCAUUGAUAUAUUUUGUAAUGUUCAACAUUGCACCAUUUAUUACAAAAUUUGUCCGCUCCCUUCAUGACCGAGAAGAAAAUAUAGAAAUUCCAUACAGUAUGACCCAAUUUGGGGUGGUACUCAUGGCCGAUGUUGUUGGUUUUAGUAAACUUACGACUCUUGCUACCGAAAGAGGUGAAUCAGCACCAGAAGCUAUUGCAUCAGAAAUCGGGGAAUACAUGGGCGAGUGUAUCAAAAUCAUUGAAUUCUAUGGUGGUGAUGUAGUCAAGUUCUUGGGGGAUGCUCUUUUAGUAUGUUUUCAACCUACAAAUUUCAAUGGGCGACGAUCAUCAUCAGAUUCGGCAAUGGAAGAUGGAACACAAGGAUUAUCUCAACGACAAAAACAUGUACUGGUACGAAAAGCGAUUGAAUGUGGAUUACAACUCUUGGCACGACAAUCACACUUUCGGGUAUAUCUCACAGCAGAAGAAAUUAUACGACAUCGAGGACCUGGAGGCGAAAUACAAAGACACCAUCACAUCGGCAAAGAUGAACAACGACGAGUAUCCAUGUUUGACAGUAUAUACGAAGGAAAAUCGUCUAGGGACACAAGUAAGCCUGGUGCUACUAUCGAUAUCAACAAAGACUCGUAUGACAACAAUACUAGUGGAAAAAAGAGUGUCAAUGGUGGUGAAAAGAAUAAAUUCAAGUCUAUUGCUCUCAAGGCUCAUCUUCAUCGUGAUACUGAACAAGAUCAAGACUCUAAUGCCUGGUACCAUAUGAAUCCUUUCAAGAAGAAACAUUACGAUAAUCUCAUCUCAAAAGUGGCUGAUAGACGACGAUCUAGCAAUAAUAGUGGUGGACAAUCAUCAAGAAAAACCGACCUCAAAUCGAUUGAUCUAGAACUCCAUAUUGCAGUAUCCUGUGGUGAUGUUACAAAUGUGAUCCUUGGCGACAUUAAUCCAACUGGCGCUAUUACAGAAACUCCAUUUUUUUAUCAACAAGUCGUUCAUGUUAAUAACGAUACAAAAGACAAAAGGGCCUCCAACUUGGAAGAUUCAACCCCAAGUCAAAGCGAUGAUGAUGAUAGUAGCCAUCUCAACAUCAAAGAUGGAAGUAAAAGAUCUUACAAAUCUCUAUCGACAGCAACAAAUUACGAUGAUUAUUUUUUACGAUAUCGAGGACGAUUGGAAUAUGCAAUUGGUGGUCAAGCAGUGGAAGCGUUGGACAAAGCACUUACGGCAGCCAGAGCAGGUGAAAUUAGUAUUACUCCUGAAGCAUUUGAAGUAGUCAAUGAAAAAACAAUGCGACUUCCUUAUGAAAUACGCGAUGGAUACUAUGUGGUUAAGGGUUUCGACUUCUCAAAGCCUAAUAAUCUAUCACGAUCUCAACAACUACAACAACAACGUGUAUCUCCUGGUCAACCUAAUGCCGAUUACUUAUCCGAUCGUCCAGGACUUAUCAUUCAAGCAUCACAGUUGAAGAUUGAACCUUUGGUACCGAAAACUCGUGACACCUCUUUCCUGAAUUUGACGACUGAUCCAAGUUUGCAAUAUUUCAAGUAUCUCAAUCGAAGUGCUCUAUAUCGAUUGCAACAUAGUGUCGAAGGCAAUUUUCCUGCACAAUUCCGUGAGGCUACUAUUAUGUUUAUCAGUCUUGGAAAGAUUCAUGUCAAUACUUCAGAAGGAUUAGAAAAAGCUCAACAUGCUCUUUUCUCUGCUAUACGACGACUGGUCAAAUAUGAAGGAAUGUUACAACAAUUUGCUAUAGAUGACAAAGGUGCUACUAUACUUGGUAUAUUUGGUCUUCCUCCCUUAUCUCAUGAAAGUGAAGCCAUCUUCGCUGCCAAGGCUGCUAUCAGGCUACGUGAUGAAUAUCGAAAAUUUCUACCUGAUUUCUCUAUUUCUUUGGCUUCUGGCGGUAUCUUCAACGCUGUGUUGCCUAUGGACAGUCCCUACCGACGUGAUGCUGCAAUUGCUGGUGAUGCUAUUAUAAUUGCUGUCAGAAUGCUCAAGUUCCCUUUCGCCAAACGUAACAUCGUAUGUGAUCAAGCCACUAGAAAGCAAAUUGGGUAUCAGUGUGAAUUUGAAGAUUUUGGUGCCAAUCCUCUCAAGGGAAAGAAAGAAUUGGUACAAAUAUAUGGACUACUCAACUUCAAUACAACAAAAAACAAACAAGUAUCUCAAUUGUCUGGAACGAAUGGAUCAAGUUCAUUUGUUGGUUACCGAUCUGAAAUGGAAAAUGCUCUCGGUUUUGUAGAUAGUUGGCGACACUCUCCAAAUCAUCAUUUUAUGGCUAUCAUAGGAAACGCGGGUUCAGGAAAAAGUUUUUUCUGUCGUACAUUACACCAACAAUACAGCAAAAACAACGAAGAUUUUGUGACAUGUUGGACUUCUUCUAUCGAAGUGGAACAAAGUACCAAAUAUUAUACGAUCAAGAAUUUAGUGAUUUCUCUAUUUGAAAUGAUUGAUUCCGACAAAGUACCAGUCAAAGUCAAAGAGCACCAUCACGAAAACAGCGGUCCAAAAGUCGACAAUACAGUGCAAAAUCGGUUAUCAAUGAUGUCAACACGCCCAUCAUUACAAGCUCCUAGUAGCAGCUCGACAACAAUAUCUAGAAAACAUAAAUCACUGAUUGAUUACCAAAACAGCUAUCAUGAUGGUUCUAUUAUUGAUGCAAAUGGAGACAUUUCACAACAACUGGAUUACUUCAACUCAGCCAAUAGUUUCUCGGAUCGAUCAUCAAAUUCUAUGAACAACUCUCCUCGUCUUCAACUGCCCAAUGAUCGAAUGCAACAACAUAUAACACCUGAUAUAGAAGAAGAGGGGAAUGAAAUGGUGGAACUGAUUCUCAGAUGCUUACGAAAAUGUGGUGAAAAUACACACUUGCUACCUCUUUUCCGUGAUUUGUCUAUUGAUCUUGGCUCUGUGGAGGAAAAUCGACAUACAAAACACAUUGAUGGUCGUGCUCGUGAUAUUCUUCUUACUGGUGUUAUCGGACGGAUGGUUCACUAUUUGUCUCAAUUUGUCUCGGUAUUUAUUAUAUGUGAUGAUAUGCAAUGGGCUGAUGCAGCAUCUAUUUCCAUGCUUCAACAUAUCCACGAGGAUUGUAAACGAGUGAUGAUGCUGUUUGCAACUCGAUUCACCAAAAAUGUCAAAACGAACUUUAUCAAUGACUUUUCUCAAAUUGGUACAACUAGUCAAAUCAUUCUUAAUGGUCUUGGUACUUCGGAUAUCGGUGAAAUUAUUCUUCAAAAUUGUGGUGAUGGUGUAGAUAGAGUCAAUCCUGCAAUAGUGCGUGUAGUUCAAGAUCGAACGAAUGGAAAUCCGUUACAUGUCACGAAUAUGGCUAUUAUCCUUAAGGACUUUGAUCAUGUUACAGUGUACAAAAGGGAACUGAUACCUACUAGCAAUCAAUUUGAUUUGGAAAACCUUUUGGGCAGUUUUAAUUAUAGUCAAGUUAUCAAGAUGCAAUUCGAUCGGCUCAACUCCAAUUACCAAGAAUUUUUGACCGUUGCCAGUUGUUUAGAUCAAUAUUUUACUAUUUAUGAGGUCGGAGUAGCUAUUCAACCUUCCAAUACUAUCUUUCAACAAACGAAUCUCAAAUUGGUACGACAGUUAUUGAAAAGAUAUGAUGUUUACAACUUUUUGAACUACAAGGGCAAAAAGAAUGAUGUCAAAUAUGACGACGAUGAAAGUAAUAGCAGUAGCAAUAGCGACAACAACAGCAACAGUAAGGAAACGAAAGCAGAAUAUUCUUUUCUUCACGAUACUAUUCCAAAGACAAUCUACGAAAUGGUUUCAUAUGAACAUCGAAUUUCACUCCAUCGAUGUUUGGCUCGAUACUAUGAAAAACUUCUGAACUCUGAAAAUCAAGCGCAACUUUUGGGCAAGGUGACUCGUCAUUACCUUCAAACGGAUGAACUGUCGAAACAAAUUUACUAUUUACAAGAAUUAGCAAAAUUCAAUAUGCGAUCGUACUUACUUCCUGAAGCCACUGCUCAAUUGGAAAGAAUUGUCAAGAUUUUGAAGGAAAAUGAAGAUCUAGAAGCUGAUUUUGGAUGGAUUCAACUCAGUGAUAUCUAUUAUCAACUUGGUGUCUGUUUUACUAUGCGUACUGAAUUGAACGAAGGUGAACGAUGUCUUUUUAUGGCACUUUCAUGUUUGGAUAAAUCUUGGCCUAGAAGUAAAGCUUCCUUCUUUUUACGUUUCUGGCAAAACUGGUUUGAUCAAUACAAACAUAGACAUUGGCAUAUCUUGUGGAGUCUGACUGAACGCAAGCUAAAACCUGAAUCUGGCAAACGUGUAGUAGAUAUUAUGCGGCAACUUUCCAACAUCUAUGUCUACACUGGAAAUGGAAGAAGUUUUGCUUACACCUCCCUAGUUGGAUUGAAUGCAUGUGAAAAUAUGGGUGAUACUGGACCUAAUUAUACUUUGUUUUUGGCAAGACAUUCUCUGGUAUGUUGGCUUAACGACAAAAGGCAUAAUAGUGUUUAUUACAUGUCCAAGGCUCUUCAGAAUAUGGGAAACACAUGGCAUGCGGAUACUCUCUCGGUUUGUGCUUAUCUUUACUUUGCUGCUGGGAAAUUUCAUGAUGCAAGAUCACUGGCUUACCUUGCUAUUGAAAAUACUCGUACUUUUGGUGUGGUGACGGAUUGUCAAGCGUUUUAUCGUGCUGUGGCUUUGGUGAUGACAACUCGGAUAUUUGAAGGUGUUCUUGAUGAAUGUGAUGAUGAUAUGAAACUAGGCAAACUCAUGGCAGAAACGGCAAGGGUCAAUCGAGACUAUGAAGCUGAAAUAUGGCUUGGUGUUUACCAUUUAGGCAAUUCUCUUGUAACCAACAAAUUAGAUGAUUGUUCCGCUACGAUAUAUCAUUUAGAAUCUCAAACCAUCAACACCACCGACUAUAAUGCAAUUGCCAUCCACGGUACUCUUAUCUGUUAUUAUAUACGAAAACUCAAUUAUGAACAGGCCCAUUCUCACAUUAAACCAUUUUUGGAACUUUUACCUUCUCUCACACUUACUCCAAAUAUCUUCCCUAUCUAUGGAUUGAUCUUUGCUGUGAUGGGAUUUUAUGAAUUGAUGGAAGAUAACGAAGAACAUAUGAUCUCAUUAGAAACAAAGGGAGGCUAUGAACGAUUUCACAAAGGUGUGGCAAGAAUCAACAAUGCUUUUCAACAAGUCAAAUUAUGGGAAUUUGCGGAACCAUCAUUAUACCUAGCACGAGCCUUUCCUUAUAUAUCAACAGGUCGAGUCGUGGAAGGCUAUUUGGUUCUUCGUCAUGGUUUCUUUGAAAUGAAGUUUAUCAACGAAAUCAAGUUUCUAAAGGCUUAUUAUUGUUCAAUCCUUGGCAAGUAUGCAUUCACACCAGCCGACCGGAAAGAAUGGACGGAAAAGGCAGCAUCUGAUUUGGAAAGUAUUGGUAUUCGUCCAGAAGUCUAUUGCAACAGUGAUCCUCAAAAUUGUUACUACGAAGGAAGACCAGCCGAUUACGCCGUAGUCAAUCAAAGUAGUGAUUCAUCUACUUGAUAUGUGUAUAUCAUAGUUGUCACUUUUAUUAGCAUUAUUUUUAUCGUCCUUUUUUUUUUUUUUUUUGU